AUGGAGAAUUGGAUUAAGCAAAUCAGAGAGAAAUUAAUUGGUGCAGAAGAAGAGAAUAAAGCUGAUUUUGGCGGUAGCAGGGACCAGAAAAUAGCAAUACAGAAAACUUCAUCUUUCAAAGAGAAGAAAAAGUCAAAUAAUUGGUUUCAAAGACAACUUUCAAGGAAGAUGAGUCAUGAUUAUGAUUUUAUAGAAAUGGAGCAUGCAACAGCAGUAGCUGCAGCAGCAUUUGCAAUUAGUUCACAUGUGUCAGAAAUAACACAUGAGAAGAAUAUGAGUGGUUUUCCUGAAACCUCAUUGACCAAGACAAGAAGCAAUGUGUUUGAUAGAAAAUCUACAUUAUCCCAAUUAGGUUCUACAUCCAAAAGAUUAUCAGGUUCAUUUAAAAUCAGAGAUGAACAAGUUAACAAGGUGCCAACAACAUCAACUUUAAGAGAAGAAAAGAAGCCUGAAAAGACAAUCACAUUGCCACCAGUACCAUCAAUGAAAAAGACUCCAACUUCUAGUGAGUAUUCAAAGAGAACUAGUCAUAUAAAACCUGAUAUGCAAACAUCAAAAAAGACUCCAACUUUUGGUGAUAACUACUUUAAUAACAUCGAUGAUUCAAAACCUGAGACCUCACAACCAAAUAUUCUUCCACAAGUUGAUGACCCAUCCAUGUUUUUAAGGCCACCACCGCCCCCGCUGCUGCCGCCGCCACCACAGCCACCAGUCAGGCAGACUUCAACCACUACUAGACCAUCAACAAGACCAGGUACAACAGAUACAAAAGCAGAUGCUUGGGAAAGGGAAGAGCUAAACAAGAUCAAAGAAAGGUAUGAGAGAUUGUUAGAGACAAUAGAGAGAUGGGAAAAGAGGAAGAAGAUGAAAGCAAGACGCAAGCUAAAUAAGCAUGAGCAAAGUGAAAAUGAGAGGAAAAAGCAGAAAGCAUGGAAGAAAUAUGAAGAGAAGAUAAAAUACAUAGAUGGGAUUGCAGCAGGAGCUAGAGCACAAUCAGAUGAAAAAAGAAAGAAUGAAACGGUUAAGGCAAAAGAGAAAGCAAACAUAAUUAGAACAACAGGCAAGCUUCCAGGGGCCUGUUCAUGCUUCUAA